GCGAAGAGCGGGGAUGUCUUUGCCCUUGAGUAUACCACCGACGGGCCGCACUGCUGGUACUGCCCUCGCGUCUACGACUCCCGCUACAAGACCGAGUGCCCGAAAGUGGCCAACUUCGCGACUAAGUGCGUCGAGGUGCACGCGAUCCACGAGCAGUUCACGAAGUACUCGGCGUGGCUCGCCCAGAAGAUUCUCGACUGGGUCGAGGAGGGCAACGACAGGGAGCUCAUGUGCCAGCUGACUUGGCCGCAGGCGACGCAGCUGGAUCAGCUCACGAUCUUCGAGACGGUCUGGAACCUCCCGCCGCAGAGAUGCGUCGAAUUGAAGGAUUACUCUCACGGUGACCCCGCCACGAACGGCCGCGGCGACAAGAAGAUAAAGGGCCCCGGCGGAGUUGACUUGGCAGAACUGAAUGAGCCGAGGAUCUGGGCGAAGGAGCGGAAGAUCAUCUCGCAGGCGCGCAGGACAGUCACUGUCGUUGACCAGUCCGACCCCUUGGCAGCCGCUCACGCGGACCACCGCCAGCAGAUGAUGAAUGGCAACUUCGACCUCGCAGCCUCCUCCGCACGCGGCAGCAGCUGUAGUGGCCAACCAGCGCGCGGAGGCCCGAGCCCAGGGAAGGCGCCCGAGGUCCCUGGCGAUAGCUUUGGCCAACAGGGCGCUGGCGUCGUAGACGCUGCUGAAGCAGGCGGCGCGAAGGUGGAGGGCGACGCCGAGGUCAAGCGCAGGAGGCGGGUGGGGACGCCUACUGAGGCCGCCGCGAAAGGUGGCGAGAGCGGCGGAGCUCCCGCGCCCCCCAAGCGCCGGCAGGGCAAGGCCAAGGCCAAUGCCACCGAGCUUGCUGCUGUUGGAGAUGGCGUUGGCGCCGGAGGCCAAGCGAAGAAGAAGAGGGGCCGCAAACCCAACGAGGGCGACAAGAUGCUGACGCAGGGGUUGAAAGAGCUGAAGGAGGCAAAGUUGAACGCCAAGAAGUUACACGGGGCCGAGUGGAAGAACACGAAGAGGAACUGGGACAACUACCUGGCCUCCCUCAGCGAGCAGAUCGAGCACGAGGAGGACGAAGGAGCUCUCGAGAGGCUGGAGUUAGUUCAGAGGUCGGCAUCUUGCGCGCGGAAGGUCCUCCAUGUGAUCUCCUUGAAGGGUUUGGAGUCGAAGGAGUUUGCUGAGAUCUAUGCCGAGCAGGUCGAGUGGCUCCAGCAGUUCCGUGGGGCCACGAAUCCUUUUCCGAAAAUUUUGCAGCAGCAGGCCACCCGCGCGGCGGGCGCGCAUGCAUGGCCCCCGCCUCGCUUCUGGCCGCUCCUGAGCGACAGCGAACUCUCCUUCUUGGACCAAGUUGACGACUUCCAGGUGGAGCUCUUCGGCGAGAAGAUCCUGGCCAUUGUGCACGAGAAUACGCCCGACGACAUGAAGGCCAUGUUAGGGGAGCUGGUCGCCGCGUUCGCCCCUUACGCCGACCAGUUCCAGAGCCGCAAGCUCCCCGCGGAGGUGGAGACGUUGCAGGUGAUCGUGCGCGCCCCGGACUACCCGCCCGAGCUGUCCCCGGAGGAGCGCGCCAAGAAGCUGGGAGAGUGCCUCGCUAACUUCAGCACGUUCCACGCCGGGUCCGCGCUGACUGCGGCCUCCAAGGACGAGGCGGCUCGCGACCGCCUGAGAGACCUCGAGUCCGCGGUCAAGCAGCAUAAGGAUCUCACGACGAAGUGGCAGGUGACCAUGGAGCUCUCCCCGGGCGCCCUCGGGGAGAUUGGCGGUCUGAUCAAGGCCAUGGGGUCCGAGGCCGCCGAGAAAGCCCUCACCGAGGAGGUCCUGACCGAACUCAAGAAGAAGAUCACCGGCGCCGUCGCCGAGGCGAUCGGCCACGACCCCGACAAGGAGAUCGACCAGCCCAAGUACGAGAAUCUGUCCGCUUUUGCGAAGGCCAUGGAGGAGGCCGUCGACGUCGACUGGGCGCGGCCGUCGGUUCGCUUCGCCGAGGCGGGGUCUCUCCUGUCGGGCGCCUUGCACACUGCGACUCUCUACGACGCGUGCAAGCGCGCGCAUGAGAUCCACAAGGACACGGCCGUGAAGCUUGCAUCGACUCUCGGCGACACCGCCGGCCUGCUCUUCGACUUGGUGGAGGGCUGCCUCGGCGAGGCGCCUCGCCUUGGUCUCUGCGCGUGGUUCGAGAAGGCUGCCAAGUCAGAGGUCGGCUGCAAGUGCAUGACGGAGGCGCUCGCGUCGGUGGCCGUCUGUCGCGAUUUCUUCGGCGGCGCCACCGAGGUCGUGCUGAAGCCCGAUAGCGACCUCUCGAACUACGCGACGUUCAAGAUCGAGGGAGACCUUCCGAAGACGCUCGGGGUGUUGAAUCAGAUAGCAGACAGGAAGCUCGUGUCCUUGGAGCUCAGGCUCAUCGAGAAGUUUGGCGACCUCGUGAGCGCCUGCACGAAGGCUUACGACGCUCGCCGGAAGCUGAAUACGCGCCAGGAGCGCAGGAUGUCCGAGUCCAGCGUAAAAGAGAUGACCACCGUGACCAUGCGCCUGAAGGAGCUCGACACUUUCAUGGAGUCCGUCGCCAAGAAGGGCCUGACGUUGUUCCCCGCACCCGUUCCCCAAGAUGGAAUGGAGGCGUUCGUCAAGCGGCCGAUGUCGAUUGGCGCAGUUCUCAACGUGGGCCCAUUCGUCGCCACCGUUGCAGGCUUUAAGGAGUUCUUGGCUGAUGCUACGCAGGCUUGGUUGAAGGACUGCCUGGAUAUGUCUAACCACGCGAAGAGCUACGUCUUCGCGAUGACCGAUCAGCAGAAGGACUCGAUUCUCAGCGCCGACCUCCAGGGAACGCUCGACUCCCUCGUGCAGCCGUCCCAGAUCCAGCGCUGCGCCAAGGCGGCCUCUCUGUUGUCGGUGUGGCGCAAUUGGUUGAAUAACCUCGGCGUGUUGACUCCUGGGGACUUCAGGGACGCGGGGCUCACGAUCGACUCGUUGUCGCAGUGCUCUCAGUUCGGGGCCGCCGCGCGCAAGAUCUAUAUCGAGCUGCCUAGCGUCCCCAACAGGGUGAUGCGCAAGAGGGCGGCCGAGGCCUUCAAGAAGGAGAAUAAGGUCGCGGUCGGCUCAGACCUCUCGAGGCGCUUGCAGGCGCUCAUUGAGGGCGAGCCGGCGGCUGCCCAGCAGCCGCCCGAGGCCGCGACGGAGCCCGCCACGGCUGCCUAG